ACCACGCCUACUCGAGCGUCGCCAACCGCAAGUAACAGCUCGACACCGGUUUUAUGGAGCGAACGGAUCGAACUUGUCACAGAUCACCAUCGCGACAACGGUGGCGGUAGUAGCGGCAGUAGUAGCAGUGCCUCUGGUCGACCACGGAGCAAUCCAGCCAAGUCGAUGUCGGAUUUACCGUGGUUACUCAAUGAUAGCAACAAAUCAAGUCCAUCACCGAGCAACUUUGAAGGAGGGGGUUUGGGGCCUUGCCCCUUUGGAGAUUAUUAUAAUUAUGCUGGUAAUACCAAUAAUAAUGUCACCUUUGGAGGUAUGGGUCAGCCGACAGCAGCAGCAACAGCGACGACAGCAACGACGACAAUGCCCACCAGUGCUACCAACAAGUACGACUGGCGCCUGCACUCACUCAUGCUAUGCAGACACAUAUUCACCCGUGGUCUUAUUGACGGCAUCGGAAGCGACAUUUCAGUCCACGUGCCGGCCUGGGGCAAAGUGUAUAACCUACAUCGGAUCAUUCUCGACCAAAACCCGUAUUUCAGCUCAUUGCUACAAGGCGGGUUCCAGGAAUCUUCAUCGGAUAGCGUCACGUUGCAUUUCGAGAAUAAUCCAUUUAUUACCAAAAAUUCGUUCUAUUUUGUCCUGGCACAGCUGUAUGGCAAGUUAUACGAUCCGGACAUUCAUGCCGACAAUGUGCGCCAAAUCCUGGCAACGUGUUCAUUUUUCCAGCUGGAACAUAUGGCCGAAUUAUGCGUUCAGUUUAUCUCGCAGACCCUGGAUGAAAAUAAUGUGAUCCAGUACUUGACAUUCGCGGAUGAACAUAUAAUCUUUGGUUGCGACCGGAUAUUAAACAACGUUUUCACUUACUUGUGUCGCGAGCUGUACUCGCUCAGAUUAGAAACGGUCGCGCAAUUGCCGGUGCACUGGCUUAAAAAGAUUAUUGAAAGUGAUGCUUUAUGGGUACCAAGUGAAUACGAUCGAUAUAAAUUUGUUACACGGAUUCUGGGUAUGCGUCAUACGAUAUACCGUCACCAGGAAGAAGAAGAAGAGUAUGUGGAUCAGGAUGAAUACCACAACCCAUCCAGCAGCAGUAGCAGCAGCGAUAUUGAAAAGGACUCGUAUGUGGAUGAUAUUGAGGUUGUGCCGUCGCCAGAUGAUUUGCACAAGCAAUCCGACUUUGAAGCACUUGACCAGACGACCGAGGGCGGCAACAAUCUUAAACAGGAAUUAGACGUGUACGAGGCCAUUAUAUCACGAUCAAUUCAUUACAUUCACAUGACCUUUGAGCAACUGGACUCGAUCCGUUCGGACAUGAACCCGUUCACCAGACAACCGCUGGUUCCUGAUCGGCUGUUGAAAGACGCACUGUGGCAACAAAUCUCUCUACGCAGUAAAAUAGAAAAUGCAAGCGAACGUGACCAGGCGCUCGAUCUGACAGUUUCUAGGGCACAGUACGAGCAGAUACAGCAAAAACAAGAAAGCAGUGAUCUUGUACCACAACCUCCACUCCUGCAACCGAUUCCGGUCGAUGACAUGACCACGUAUACAGGCGAGUCGACGUUCUCGUGGCCAACUUCGGCAGUACCGGAAACGCAGAAAUUGAGGGCUGCGCAGCAUCCCGCUACUGCCAAACAACAAAGUACGACGACAGCAAAUAACAUUAAGGAUACAAAUAAACAGUACGCUUUAUACCCCCCGUUCCGGUUUAGCGUGGAAUUCACUGAUUUUGCCACGUUGAAACACAACGUCCGUGUGUACUCAAAAACCGUAUUCUAUGCCGGAUCCAAUUGGAACAUGUACAUACAAAAGACACGCUCACAACGCAAAGGUGUCCUGCAAUUAGGCGUAUACCUUCAUCGCCAAUCGAUACCAUGCGGUCCUUGCAACCAUAUCCUAGAUGGAACAAAUCCAGCACCUUCGACAACAAUACACCUGCCAGGAGCAGCAAACCAUCAGCAAUGCGCUCGCCGCUGUACACCUGAACUGUCGACCUUUUCACGGUAUGCAGACAAACGCAAAAUUGUUAAAACGUGGUUUAAGAUCUUCUGUCCAUCGCGAGGACCCAAGCACUCUAUGACCUUGUUCCAGAGCAGUCCAGAUAAUUUUUCAGUUCUGCAAAGCUGGGGCUGGCGAAGUACAACAUUGUGUGCAGAUGAAGCACUAUCUUCGUCGCAUCAUAACAGUCAACGCAUAUCUCAUUCGGAUGACCAUCAACAACGCUCCUCGCCGUCAGCAACUGAAUCGAUUACUAUUAAUAACACUACUACUGCUCCUACUACUACUACUACUACUGCGACGACAACGACAGCAGGUGGAGUGCAGCGCACAUCGACAAACACUGUUACAGUAGCGUCACAGCAACAUACACCACGAAUUACACGAUCAAAUAGUAACCAUGGAGCGACAGCCAAUUCAACGCAGCGACAAAGUGAAAUUAACGAUAGUCCAGCAGCUACUGUGGAUGUACCCGCCAGUAUCUCUACACUUCGCUUUUCUAUUGUCAUGGGACAUGUAUAGUUGUUGUUAUAAAUCUAUAAUAUACCAUCUUGCGUGAUCCUGAAGCUGUUUUGUUUACGGAUCAGAUAUACUCAAUCUUAUUAGUAUUUUGUUUACGUGAAAGAAAUUGUUUCCUUCUGUGGACACCAUUCAAUCCCCCUCGUCCUUGUAGUUAGAAGCUUUGUUUGUUUGCUUUUUCCGUUUUCUUUGGUUUGGACUUACAGUUUACGAAUGU